AUGAGCCAUAGUGCUAGUAGUGGCAGUAUUCGCUCGGAACUACUUGAAGAAGUUAAAUUGUACAAGAAUGCUCGAGAACGCGAAAAAUAUGAUAAUAUGGCUGAAUUAUAUGCUGUUAUUAAUACAUUGCAAUGCUUGGAAAAAGCGUACAUUAAGGAUGCCGUCCCUCCAAAAGAAUAUACUAGUGCAUGCUCGAAAUUACUAGUGCAAUAUAAGGCAGCUUUUAAACAAGUUCAAGGCGAUGAAUUUGCUACUGUGGAAGCAUUUAUGAGACAGUAUAAGUUAGACUGUCCAGCGGCCUACGAAAGAAUCAAGGAAGGAAGACCCAUCACUAUUAAAGAUGAUAAGGGAAAUACCAGCAAAUGUAUUGCUGAUACUGUUUCUCUAUUUAUUACCAUCAUGGAUAAACUGAGAUUGGAAAUUCGAGCUACCGAUGAGUUACAGCCUGACUUGCGAGAGCUACUAGAAACUAUGAAUAGGCUUAGCACAUUACCUUCCGAUUUCGAAGGCAAAGACAAAGUCCUACAAUGGCUUACCACACUAUCAAGUAUGAAGGCGAGUGAUGAGUUAACGGAUGAGCAAGCAAGGCAAAUGAUAUUUGAUUUAGAAACCGUAUAUAAUGCAUUUAAUCGCUUGCUUGCUAGUUCCUAG